AUGUUAAAAGAACCUCCGACCCUAGAUGAUCGCAUUGGUGAUGCCGGGCGUCCCAAAAGAUCUCCGCUGAAGUCAAGUUCGGCUCGGACGACACCCGAACGACAAUCUGUCACAUUUGCCAAUAUCACAAACACGCAAUCAUCAAGCUCAGUUCGCUCAAAUCAACCCAGCGUCACGUACAAGUCUAGCAUCUAUCCUGCCGAGCUGGAAAUAAGAGGUGUUUCAGAGUCUGAACAUCCCUCUCGUGAAUUCGACGCGAUAGUCAAGAUCCUCAUAGACAAAAUACAGGGGUAA